CACUCCCGGAAAAGGACCCAAGAAGAAGCCGCUGCCGUACUUUAUGCAGCGCUCGGAGGACACGGUGCUGCCGUCGUUCCAAAACCGGCGUACCCUGGCCGACCACGUCAAGGACAACAUGCUGUGCGCUGGGCGAAAGUCCUACUUUCAGCGAAUCGUUUACGUGGGACGACAUUCGAAGGUUUCGGCCAUGACGAUUCGAGAUCGGUUCUUGAAGGUGAUCAAAGAGAUGCAGGAGAAAACGUCGAUCGAAAUUAAACUUUUUGGGCUGAUGAUCAACUUUGAUGGGUACUCGAUGCACAUGGUCGAAAGUGCGGAGGAGACCAUCGGGGAGUACAUGCGGUAUCUGGCUGCCAGUGAUCUCUUUGAAAGUAGCCGGGUGGUGCUGGUGUAUAAUAACAUUAAUCAGAGAUUUUUCCGCAAGCUGGUUUGGAGAUUCGCCGAUUACUUAAACGAUUUAACUCCUUCUGUGAUCGAUCUGAAGGAUCCCGAUGUGGUUCAAAAGACUAUCAACGGAAUCAUGGUACAAGUGUACACCCUCUCCAAAAUGGUGCGUGCUGAAGAGUUGGAUGAAAGAUCAGCCUUCAAAUCACUGUACUUGGAUGAAAAUUACGAAGAGCAUACUCCGGAUGCAGUCGUUUUGGAAUAUCUACUGAACUUGAAAUGUCUGUUCACGAUUCAGGAGUAUGGACAAUUUUAUGGCGUCGUUCCGGAUGUUACAACUUUCAAGGAUAAAGUAUGGCCUAUUCCGCAGGAUUUGACCCCCUACGAUGUGUUCGAUACUGGAAAGUAUCAAAUUAAUCUCACUUUCGGAAAUUGAACUUU